GGCAGGCUGGGGGCAGCACUUCCUGUUCAGCCUCACUUCCCUACAGCCUCACCUUGGCUCAGGCUGAGCUCGGGCCUGUGGCGCUGGCUCCCGCCCUCCCACCCUCCCACCCUCCCUCUCUCGUCACCUUCCUUCCUCAGGGCUCUGGGGGCCCCCCAGAGAGGGAGCGGGGGGGCAAAGAGUCCGAAAGGCUCCCCACACCCAGAGGGACGCCCCUCCCCCGGGCCAGGGGCCCCUGUGGAACUUUGAGGCCUACCUGGCAGCCGAGGCCCAGGCCUGCCCCACCACCAGCCCGGAGGCAGGCCCGCCGCCUCGAUGGGGACCCUGCUGAGGAGGAACCAGGAGCCUGCCUCCCUGCUUGGGGAGAGCUCGGAAAGGGGAGAAGGGGCUGCCGAGGACCGCAGGCCUGAGGGGGGCCAGAGUGUGGCAAGUGGAGAAAGCUCUGUGGAGCCGCAGAAGGCGGACAAGGGGGAAAGUGAGGAGCCAGAGGGGGACAAGGCGGGCGAGAAGGCCUCUCGGGAGGAAGGGACUGUGGGCGAGGAGAGGAAGAUGGCUGCCCCAGGGGCACUGGCGGAACUAGAGAGCUCCAAGAUGGAGAAGGCCUCAGUGGGGGAGAGGAGCUCCCUGGGGACCAAGAGCUCCAUGGGCAUCAAGACCUCGGUGGGCUGGGACACAUCUGUCACUGGGGAAACCUCCCAGAGAAGGAAGAGCUCCCUCAUCAGAAAGCAUCUGGCAAAUGAAAGUCCUGGCAAGAAGCUGGGCCUUAACGCCGGCAAGCAGUUUCUGAUAAGAAAGAUAAAAAGAAAGAAUUCUUUAAGCAGCAAGAGUUCUGGGGCUAAAAAGAGUAUUUUGGCAGACAGCACUUCUGUGGCCGGGGGGAAAGUGAUUACCAGGGACACUCCGAGGGGGAGCAGGAAAUAUUUACGAAGGAGGCGAUCAAUAAAAAGGAAGACAGGGAGGAAACAAUCUCUGGGAUCAUCGAGGAGUUCCAAAUUGCACGGUUCUGUAGAUGAAGGGAGUGAUACAGAAGAAAAGGAUUUUGUGAAAGAAGCUGAUUCUGUGGGAGGGGAGCCUCCUGUGAAGGAGGGGAGUCAUGUCGAAAGAAAGAGUUCUAUCAAAAGCAAGGUUGUGGAAGGGGAGAGCUCUAAUAAUGAGGAGACUCCAGGGACAGGCAAGAGCACAACUGAAGAGGAAACUUCUGAGAGCACCGAGAGCUCUUUGGAAGAAGAGGUGGUUCUGAAAGUGGAGGGGGUUCCAGUGGGAAUUGAAAGUUCAGGUGAAGAAAACAAAUUUAAAAAGGAGAGUUCUGAGGGAGAAGAGAGGGUUUUAGGAAUGGAGAGCUCUGAAGGAGAAGACAGAUUUGUAGGAAUGGAGAGCUCUGAGGGAGAAGGGAGACUUAUUCCGGAAAAGGAGAGCUCUGAGGGAGAAGGGAGACUUAUAGAAAAGGAGAGUUCUGAGGGAGAAGGAAAACCUAUUAUAGAAAAGAAGAGUUCUGAGGAAGAAGAAAAACUUACAGGAAAGGAGAGUUAUGAGGAAGAAGAGAAACUUAGUAAAGAAAAGGAGAGUUCUGAAGGAGAAGAGAGGCUUGUUGAUAGAGAGAGUUCUGAGGCAGGCAAUGGUCCUGAGAAAGAAGAGGAUCUUGUGGCAAGGGAAAAUAUCGAGGAUGGAGAAAGAUCCACAGAAAUUCAGAGUUCUCAGGAAGGAGAGAGCUCAAAAGGAAAAGAGACUUCUGUCAAAAAGAAGAACACUAGAAGAAAGAAGAGCUUUAGUAAAAGGAAGAAUUCUUUGGGAAAAAAGAGUUUUACAGCAGGGGAAAAUUCUAAAGAAAAGAGAAAUUCUGGGGAAUGGCAGGGUUCUAAAAGAAGGAAGAGUUAUGUAUUUAAAAAGGGUUCUCUCGGAAAAAAGACUAUAAGUGGGGAAGGUGUGAAGGGAAGGAAGAAUUCUAUGGAGCAGAAGAGUUCUAGGGAAAAAAGUUCUGUGAGGAAAAAAAGUGUUGCGGAAGAAAAGACUGUUCCUGUGAAAGAAAGUUCAGGAGAGGACAAAUCUACAGAAGGGAUAACUACUGGGGAAGAAAAGCAUUCUGGAGAGGAGGAUGAUUCUGGAGAAGCAAUUGUCAAAGUGGAGAAUACUGUGCAAGGGGAGAGUCAUAGAAAGGAACUUUCAUAACAUUGAGUAGGAAGAAAAAAUGGACUUUGAGCAAGAUAAACAAUGGAGAAGAUUCCUGAGAACUAAAUAAUCAUUAAAAUACAUUUCUUUCUUUCUACAUUCAUGUUUUGGCACCCUAGAAAUAUACCAGUUCCCAACCUAGUUCCAGGGUCCUCUAACAGUACCAGAUUACUUUCUGAGGAAACUUAAAGGGCAGAACAGGCAUAAUAAAUAACCACCUCAGAGAAGGACAGAAGAAUCAAAUAAUAGAAUCAAAAGACCAAAUUCAGCGCUGUGCCUGGCACAUAACUAAGUUUUAAUUAAUUAAACAAGUACCCAAAUAGGAAUCCCAUCAUAGUAUCCACAUUGCAGUGAGCCUACCACCUCUGAGAUAGCCCAAAAAAUAUGCAGAGCAUAACAUAAGGCUGGACAAGAUAGACUAUGGCUUGUCCCUCUCCCUUUCUGAGUGGCCCUGGUCUAUCCCCAGAACUCAGAGAUAUGAUCCUACAUAAAUGGACUAAAUUUUUUAAAGGGCCAUUUUUGUAUGCCACCUAUUAAUCAUCUCCUGAUGAAUUCCUCAUAUUCCUAAAUUCAAUGGGAUCUUAGCAGUCAUCUAGUUUUACUCCAUACCAAAAAUCCCUCUACAUCAGCCCAUAGGUGGUCAUGAGGUACCUGCUUGAAGACCUUUAAUUAUAGGGAGCUCAUCACCUCAUCAAGACAUCCCAUUCAAUUUCUGUUUAGUUCUAAUGACUAAGAAAUGCUUUUGACUACUUUCAUCAAGUUGCUUCCUUAUAACUUAUAAUCAUUUUAUUCCUAGUUCUCCCCAUACACACCCACUCCAGAAGCUAACCAGAACAAUGACUCCUUAUUUCUUUCUGUUAGUUGUUAUGUCAGUGGACUCCUUCAUUUCCUUCAGUCCCCAGUCCCCCAAGAAAUAUGGCUUCUCUCUAAUU